CGGAGUCAUGUGGUGUCAAAUGUCAUAAUCUUGAAGACUACUUAAGAUUGGAAAGUGCAGACAGCCACUCUGUAUAGUCCGACAACUCCCUUCAUUAAGCAUGCCCGCGAUUCGUACAGCAGAGCCCGAAACAUCAGGCUACACAUUCUUCUGGUCGACCGACCACGUCAAUGGUUGGGCCUCGCAGUGGUACGCCGCCCCGUUCGAGGCACAAGUCAAUAUCGAUGGGAACGAAGAAACGAUACACUUUCCAUCCAACGAACACUGGAUGAUGCUGGCAAGUCACGCGGGACUCCAACUCAACGUCGUCGAGAAGGUCCGAGCCAUCAAAGGGACAUCGAAGAGCGAGCUCUCAGCGGUGAAAAAGCUCGGUCGGCAAGUCAAGAACUUCGACGAUGUGAUCUGGGUCAAGCAUAGGGAAAGAAUCGUCACAGAAGGAUCCGUGCACAAAUUCCGACAGAAUGGAGAGCUUCGAGCGAAGCUGUUUGCUACCGGAGACACCUGUCUCGUUGAGGCGAGUCCCCGAGAUAGGAUUUGGGGGAUUGGAUGCAGUGAGGCAAAUGCCUUGUCGGGCAAGGGCGAGAAGAAGUGGGGCAUGAAUCUUCUGGGAAAGGCAUUGGUGAACGCGAGGGCAAUCCUGAGAGAAGAAGAGCAGGUGAAGGACGAGAGAGAGCGUGAUCCACCACCGGAAACAGCCUGA